UACCGACUCCAUUUUGACAUUUCAUCUGAUGUGUCAGAAUUUUUUAAUUGACUUUUUUGUGUUAAAAUAAAUUUUAUCAACAAAGUAUAAAUAUUUUUGUUUUAUUUGUUUAAAAUAUGACGUUAAACUAUGGAAGGAAAACUCCAUCGAGUGCCUAUCGAUCAAAUCCUUCUGUUUACUCUCAUGCAACUGGAAGGUCAUCAACGAAUCUUCAUUCGAUAAAAUCACGUUCAACUCGAUCCGUUCGAAUACCUUGGUACCAGAAACCAAUUUUGAAAAACAAUCAAUACAUCGAUGUGCAAAAGAGUGCUCUGCUGAUUGGAUUCUUUUCUAUUUUCGUAGCAUUGUUUACUAUUGCAACUGCGAUUUUCGAUUUAUAUUGCUUAGCAAUGGCUGCUCCAGGAUCAACUCAUUACGGAUAUUAUAUCAUUUCGUAUGAAUUUGUUUACGUUGGAAAUGUUCAUGUACGCAAUGGACUCAUUGUAGCAGCCUUAUUUUCCUUAAUUGGAGCUUGUGUCGUAUUUUUCACCAGCAUUCUUCUUGUUAUAGCUUUACGCAAGGAAUACGAAAGAAAAGUAAUGCCAUGGUUAUGGUCGUUUGCUGCAUUCACGUGCCUCAGAUUGUUGGCUUUUAUAUUUUUCGCCAUUGUCAACGAUUUGAUUUUCUUCUACAACAUUGUAAUGGUGCUUUUGUGGAUUGUCAUUAUUUGCAUUUCAAUUUAUGGCUGGCUAAUUGUCUACUCGUUAUUCUUGGAGUUGGCUGAUUUGACAAAACUCGAAGAUUUGGCACAUUUAAGGAUGGGAACAAUGGCUUCUUUACAUUCCACAACGCACUCCCUUGCUGGUUCGCGUCCAACAACACCUCACAGCACUGUGUCUACAAUGCCCAUUGGCGAGACAUUUAAAUAAAACAAAAAUGUUUUGAAAACACAAAAAAACGAAUACACAUCCCAUCCACCAAUCGAAUAUAACACACAUCCGUCCCUCUUUUUUAUAGAUUUUUAUUAUUAGGUGUAAGCUUUUAAAGUAAGCAUUCCAUAAA